AUGACCGUCAUCGUCGACUUAUUUCGUGCUUUGUCGGAGGGUCAAGUUACUCUUAAUCGCACCAACGCUCUCACUCAGCCCAACAUCAACCUCAACUUUUUCGGCAAUGAUCUUGACAUCUUGGCCAUGCGUGAAGGUGUCCGGUGGACAUAUGAUGUCUUAACAAAGGGUGCUGGUUUCAAAGAUCUUGUCAUCUCUGAGUACCCGUGGAAGAUGCCUCCUGAGUCUGACGACGGAAUGAAGCGUGCUGUUUUGGACCGAAGUCAAACCGGUUUCCAUCUUUGUGCUACUGCCCGCCUUUCCAAGAACAUCCAACAGGGCGUUGUUGACCCCAAGCUUCGUGUCCACGGAAUCAAGAAUCUCCACAUUGCAUGUGCAGAUGCUUCCGUUAUCCUUGUUAUUCCUGAUUGCCAUAUCCAGAACUCCGUCUACAUGAUUGGAGAGAAGGCUGCCGAUAUCAUCAAAGCUGACCACAAGGACCUCUUCACUUCAAAGAAUGUCCCUUACUUCGUUUCCAUGAGUAAGCUAUGGGUUAGAUGA